AUGGGAGCCACUCCUAGUUUCGCCCCAAUCACCCAAUGCACCACCAAAGACCGGUCCAACCAAACCGUCGCCUCUGACCUCGAUGGCACGUUACUCCUGUCCCGCAGCGCCUUCCCGUACUACCUCCUUAUUGCUCUGGAAGCCGGCAGCAUCCUAAGAGCCCUCACUCUCCUCACUUUUGUCCCCUUUAUCUACUUCACCUACCUCUUCAUCUCCGAAACCGCUGCCAUCAAAACCUUAAUCUUCGUAACUUUUGCCGGGCUCAAACUCAAAGAUGUCGAGGUCGUGGCCCGCUCUGUGCUCCCCAGGUUUUACGCGGAGGACGUGCAUCCUGACACAUGGUGCAUCUUCAACUCCUUUGGGAAGCGUUACAUUGUCACCGCCAGCCCUAGAGUGAUGGUGGAGCCCUUCGCCAAAACAUUUAUCGGUGCGGAUAAGGUAUUUGGGACCGAGCUCCAGGUAACGUCGUCAGGGAGGGUAACAGGAUUCGCUAAGGAACCCGGUGUGCUUGUUGGUGAACACAAGAAAGAUGUGAUUGUGAAGGAAUUUGGGACAAACAUGCCCGAUUUGGGACUCGGAGACAGUGUAACGGACCUUGACUUCAUGUCCAUUUGCAAGGAAGGAUAUAUGGUGCCAAGGAUCAAGUGUGAGCCACUCCCAAGAAACAAGCUUUUAAGUCCAAUUAUUUUUCAUGAGGGCCGUUUAGUUCAGAGGCCAACUCCUGUAGUGGCCCUCUUGACCUUCCUAUGGAUGCCAAUUGGCAUUAUACUCUCAAUCCUAAGGGUCUACCUCAACAUUCCUCUGCCAGAAAGAAUUGCUUGGUACAACUAUAAGCUUCUAGGAAUCAGGGUCAUUAGCAAGGGUACCCCUCCACCACCUCCAAAGAAAGGUCAGAGUGGGGUGCUAUUUGUUUGUAACCACCGUACAGUUUUAGACCCUGUGGUUACAGCUGUUGCACUAAGAAGGAAAAUUAGCUGCGUCACAUAUAGCAUAAGCAAAUUCAGUGAAAUGAUUUCUCCAAUCAAAGCUGUGGCACUCUCAAGGGAGAGAGCGAGAGAUGCAGCCAACAUCAAGAAAUUGCUUGAAGAAGGGGACUUGGUGAUUUGUCCUGAAGGCACCACUUGUAGAGAACCAUUCCUUUUGAGGUUCAGUGCUCUUUUUGCUGAGCUAACUGAUAGGAUUGUCCCAAUUGCCAUCAACACAAAGCAAAGUGUGUUUUAUGGGACCUCAGCUCGCGGCUACAAAUUGUUGGAUCCUUAUUUUGUGUUCAUGAAUCCUAUGCCAACAUAUGAGAUCACUUUCUUGAACCAGUUACCAACAGAACUCACUUGCAAGGGAGGAAAAUCUUCAUUUGAAGUUGCAAAUUACAUUCAAAGGGUUCUUGCAGGAACUCUGGGAUUUGAAUGCACCAAUUUAACAAGGAAGGACAAGUAUGCAAUCCUUGCUGGAACAGAUGGAACAGUUCCAUCUAAGAAUAAUGCUUGA